GGGCAUGGUAUUGAUUAAAAGGAAACAGAAGCAUGAUUCCGCCAGGGCUGGACAAAUAUUAUAAGAAAAUUUACUGCCAAAAACUGAUUCUAAUACGAUAUAUUAAUAGAUAAAUUACUCUUAAGAAUGGAUAUACCAAUGUUCUAACUUGGAAAUCUUCAACACUAUUGGAAGUGUUUUAUAUAUUUGAUGAUGAGGUAUAUUUCAUUCCUGUCAGUUGGCUACACUGACAAUUGAGCAUCCUCACAGACAGUCUUCAGCCCAUUAGAAAACUGCUCUGUUCCUCCAUUAAUAAUACAUUUUAUAAGUGAAUUAUAGUAUAUAAAUCUCACUAUUUUUAUCUUCCCGGUUUGUUAUUAAAUCUCCAUCGUAAUGUCCGAAAAGAAAGCUUACCCUGGAGCUCCCCAAGCACCGCCCACUGGCUUUGUCCCAGCCCCUCCCCAUCCGGCUGCCGCUGCAGCUGCCGCAGCUUAUGCAGUUCCAACGGCAGCGCCUUAUGGCGUAUUUCCUGCACAGGCACAAUUAUAUGCGGCCGCUCAGGCUGCCCCCCCUCCAACAUAUGAUCAAGCGUUGACUCCAGCUGCUAUAGUUGGACAACAGUUUCAAUCUGUCCAUAAUCUGUACAAUACGGGACAAAGAAAAAGCGUAGCAGACGAAAGGAGUUACUUAUCAUCACAGUAUUAUAAUUCUGCCAUGUAUCAGCCUGGAGCUGCGGCUGCUGCAGCUGCUGCUGCUUCAAUGUAUGCUGCACAAGGAUACCCAGGAUAUCUUGGUUACCCAGCUGCUGGGUACAGCACUAUGCAGGCGGCGUAUUACCCGACUCUUGCCACAUACUCUUAUCCACAUCAUCAACUGAGGCCAACUAUCAUGGUUCCUAAUGCAUUCGAAGCUGGAGCAAGAUUUGACGGUAUCGCACAACCAGUGUUGCCCCCGGCACCCCCCGGAGUGCCCCCCUCCCCGGCCCAACUGGCUGCCAUGGCUGGACACAAUGUGGCUCUUACACAGAAGAAAGGAUCUUUCCUAACUGGCUCCGGUGACGGUGGUUACACCUUCUGGUAGUCUCCUAAGAGGUUUGCGGGUUGAUGAAGAGUGGCGCCAUGAGCGGGCGGUGCCUGACUGCUGCUGAUCUAUCAGCUUAAUCAUUGUAAACAGUUUAAUAA